AUGCUCCGUAGCCCAGCCUCUCUUGCCAUUGCGGCAUUGUCCGCUCUGGCUUUCCUGACACAAUCCACCUACGCACAGUCGUCAAAUAUCACACUAUUGAAGCCUCCCAUGCUCAAACCAUUCGUUCACAUCGACCUGAAAGUGGAGGACUCAACCUACGUGAACGAGACCAAUGGCAUCAUGACCGGACAAGCUAACAACCAAGGCGGCAACUUCACCGGCGCCAUAAUGGGCAAAAUCAUCAAACUCGGUACCGAAUUCGAAACCUUUCCCAUUGCUGCUCCUCCUAUGACUGAAAGCACCUACGUCAACACCUUCGCCCUAAACACAACCGAUGGAGUAGCAAUGCUCCUGAAAGUCGAUGGAAACAUCCACUACAACCUGCCCCAUCUCCACGGCUUCGCGCGCAUGUCGUUCUCCACCGAUUCGCCAAAAUACCAGUAUCUAGCUUUUGGCGACUAUGUGGGCGAAUUUGAGGCUACUUAUCCUUCUGGCAAGGUGUCGGUCGAUGUGUUUGAGUUGCAGACGAGUGGGCACUAUUAG